ACGAGAGCAGUCGAUCGGGGCCUUUGGCGGCAAGACGACAGCAUUUGAAUGGGAUCCCGGUUAUUGUGCAAAUGUGCGUAGGUCGGACCGGUCUGCGUAAUUAGGGUGGGAACACUGGUCCAGGAUCGCAGUAUUCGCGCGUGUCGCGUCUAGUUUUCGCUCGGGUUUUCGGCGAGUUUCGCGCUUAUCUUCGCGGUGAUAAGUCGCUUCAUCGACGGGUUCAGGAUGGAGAACGGCUCAAGUUCAAGAGGCUCAAAGGCAGCCAACCUCAACUUCAUGGAGAUCCUCACGAAAAAAAGGGACGGGAAGGAACUCAACUGUGAUGAAAUCAAACACCUUGUUCAAGAGAUCGUCAAUGAAACUGUUCAGGAGUCUCAAAUCGGAGCUAUGUUGAUGGCGAUGUAUAUUCAAUCCUUAUCCAUUCGAGAAACGACUUACCUCACAGAGGCAUUUAUUGAAUCAGGAGAAACUUUGAGCUGGCCACAGGAGUGGGAAGCACUGCUCGUUGACAAACACAGCACAGGGGGAGUUGGCGACAAAGUGUCCAUACCACUUGCACCAGCCCUGGCGGCAUGUGGUGCCAAAGUGCCCAUGGUGUCUGGCAGAGGUCUUGGCUUCACUGGCGGUACACUCGACAAACUUGAAAGUAUACCAGGUUUUAAAGUAGUACAAUCCACUGAAAACUUGACGAAAAUUUUGGACACGGUCGGAUGCUUCAUUGUUGGAACAACUGAGAACCUCACUCCGGGCGACAGACAAGUCUAUAAAUUCCGCAACGUUACAGCAACAGUCAGUAAUGACUGCCUGAUUACUAGUUCAAUAAUAUCAAAGAAAAUAGCAGAGGGUGUCAAAUCACUCCUACUUGAUAUCAAAGUUGGAAAAGCCGCUUGGUGUAAAGAUUUGGAGAGUGGACGAAAAUUGGCUAAAAUUCUGGUAUCUGUGGCAGAGGAGUUUGGAGUUUCUACCCACGCAUUCUUGACCAGAAUGGAUGAGCCAGUUGGUUAUGCAGUUGGCAAUGCAUUAGAGAUAGCUGAAAGUGUUGAAUGUCUCAGGGGAACAGGAUCACUACAACUACGACAGUUAGUCUGUGACUGCGGUGGUGAGCUAUUGGCGAUGUCUAACUUGGCCUCAAGUGUGGAGGCAGGGAAAUCAAUGAUUGGUGAAGUUUUGAAAAAUGGAAAGGCACUCGAAAAAUUUUAUGUCAUGAUAUGUGCUCAAGGCGUGGAUGAAAACGUCGCAGAAACUUUAUGUUUCGGCGAUAUGGCCACCGUACUACCACAAGCAAAACACAAAGUGCAAAUAAACUCACAUCAGUCAGGUUAUAUUCAAGGAAUCAACGGGUUGAUUUUAGCAGAAGCUGCAGGUUCACUGGGAGCCGGAAUAACAAGCAUCGGUCAAAAAAUCGAUCACAGCGUAGGAUUCCGGCUGCUAAAAACAGUCGGGCAUCGGAUUAAAGUCAACGAGCCAUGGGUAGAAAUCCAUUUCUCAUCAGAAUUGAAUGAUGAUCUGAGGCUGAAUGUUGAAAAUGCACUCUCUGUUUCCAGUGCUUCGGUAGAAUCCAAAGAUUUUCUAAUUCAAGUGAUUAGCCAAGGAUAACUAAAGAAGGUACCAAAGCCACUUCCUCUUUUUAUUUCCCUUCUAGAGGUUAAGACAAUCAAAGUUUUCACAUAUUGAAGCGGCAUAUCAACGGUGUUUCAAAUUAUCCUCUCCCAUUUUCCUUUAUCUAAGGAGAACAAACCACUGUUAUCGCUUGAAAUUGUCAUAGAAUAUUUUUCACAAAGAGAAAAAAAAACAGGAAAGUAUUCAAGAAAUAACACAGAAUAUUUUUCCAUUAGAAAAAUAAAGUAUGACAGGAAGUCUGCGACGUUACAAACCAAGAUAGGCAUUUUUGCAGUUUCACGGCUUUCACCGUUGAUAAAGCAACUAGAAGCAGAGAGAGAGUUUAGCUACACUCGUUUCCAUACUUAGGAUUUUAAAGUGUCAUCUCGCAAUAAAAACCAGAACACAGUUAAAAAAAAUCACAGCUGUGGGGCCUACUAAUGUAAGUUUCAUUUGAGAUUCUAAAAACUAUUUAGAAAUGAGGAUAAACAAAAUUGUUUUCAGAGAAUAAGGUAAACGAUUUUGGUAAAUCUGAAGGAAACUUAAAAUUAAGAAAAAGUUGCUGUUAACUUUUUGAAGAAAAGCACUUCUAAUUAGUCUCCUGUGCACACUCUUCACUGGGUCUUCUCCGACAGAAAAAAAGAGGGAUUUUAACUUAUCUAAAAAGAAAAACAAUUUAAUUGAAGACAAAUACACUUUAUAUUUUGUUUAAAGUUCUUAAGCAAGUUUUAACUAUAGCUUAGUUCACAAAAUGUACAUUAUGAUGAUAAAAAAAAUUUGUUAAUAAACCCUGUAACUAGCAGUUGUAAAAACAAUACAAAGCGUUUUGUCAAUACUAGGUAUUUUUCUGUACAGUGAAAGCACAUUUUUUUUAAUAAAAUAUCACAGAAAUAA